AUGUCGAAAAGGUUACAGAGUACAGAUCAGGCGAAAAACGACGAAAUUAUUGAUGAUUUAACAAAGAAUUUGGAAACUUCGUUAAAAACUGAAGAAUCCGUGGAUGAAUUUGUUAUAAGUCCUGGCACAAGCGCUGAGGACUUUCCUAAGGCGGCUGGAGACGCACCACAGACUAAAGAUAUACCACGAAUCUACCCAGAUCUGGCCGAGGAUGAUGGAAUAGAAAAAGAUUUCGAAGAAAAAGACUCAGAAACCAAAGAAGACAGUGAUACGGACAUCGAUGAGGUGUCCCUGAAGGAUGCUGAGGUGGACCUCACCGAUGACCAGAAGGAGGAACGGAGGAUCAUUGCCGAAGAGCUGAAGAAAGCUGGCAAUGAUGCGUUUAAGGAUGGUGAUUUUGAACGGAGUAUUGAGAAGUAUACUGAAGGUCUCCGGACAUGUCCUCUCCAAUUCUCACAACAGCGCUCAAUACUCUACUGCAACCGCAGUGCUUCUAAAAUGAAGCUCAAAAAGUACAAGCAAGCUAUCAAGGACUGCACUAAAGCUAUUGAGCUGGAUGAGAAUUAUGUCAAAGCUUAUAUACGGAGAGCUCAAUCGUAUGAAGCUACAGAGAAACUGGACGAAUCAUUAGCGGAUUACAAGAAAAUAUUGGAAUUUGAUCCGUCUCACAGAGAAGCGAAGCUAGCCACCAUCCGUCUCCCACCUUUAAUAGAAGAAAAGAAUGAGAAACUGAAAACAGAAAUGUUAAGUAAACUUAAAGACCUAGGAAACAUUAUUUUAAAGCCUUUCGGACUGUCAACGGAGAAUUUUCAGAUGGAACAGGAUCCUGUAUCGAAGGGCUACAAAAUUAAUUUCAAACAAUAG